CUGGAAGAGAAAGUUAUGAGCCUCCAAAAGUUCAAAGUUUCAGUUGCUAAUGCAGUUAUUAAUGCAGAGAACACCAUCCUAGAGACAAUGAAUACAGACCAGUUUCUUGAUCUAUUCACAUCAGCCCAGACCAGCAGAAAGGGUGCUACUGUUUCAAAGAGCUCAGACGGUAGCUUUGACGGAGACCCAAAAUCAGUUGGUGGUGGGAAGGGGUUGAAAGCUAUACUUGGUGGACUAGAGGAGCUUUGGGAUCAAUCACAGUACACAGAGGAAUACAAUCUCAACCAGUUUCAAGCAAAGCUUAAUGGAGCUUAACAGCUGAAUCUAAUCACAGCCAAUGUACAAUGUGUAUUAGUUGUCUGUUGGCUCUCAAUUUUGUCGUUGUUGCCCUAAUUCUUUUUUUUUAUUUUUUGAUUUAAUGUUUGUAAAUGUUCACUGUAUUUGUGGGAAGCUGGCUGAAGAGGAAAAUGCGGCUUUCUAAAUGUUCAGUCAGGUGGAUAUAUAUCCGGUUCAUUGGAAAUGCAGGAGGGCAAGAGGGGGGGGAGGGGGAGGGAAGGAAAUAGAAAUUUGUAUUCUUUGCAUAUUGUAUAUACCAUCAGCUUCUCU